AUGGCAUUCGCCACCAUCAACUCCUCGACCCCGAAGAGUAUUCCGGCCAUUGAAGAUGCCUUUGCCGCCGAACCUUCUCUGAAGAAACGAGUUUACGAUGCGAUCGGAACGACCCCGCAAUAUAUACCUCUGUUUGAGGACAUCGCGCGAUACACCUCCAGCCUGCUGGACAGGAACACAAGCCCCAUCAUCCCUCAACCCGUACAGGCCGCCGCUGCUGCUGCCGUUCCCGACGGCCCUGCGGCGAAGAAACGCAAACUCGAAAAGGGCGAUGCUACCACGGGCAAUGCCCAAUCGCCGGGCGACUUGAAAGCGGACCUGCCCCUACAAUUCUACAUGCCGGAUGUGUCGUUUGCUAUUCCGCAGCGUAAAAAGCUCACGCUGGAGUUUACAGCCGGGCGCGGGUUUCUGCGCGCGAGAAAUCAGACGUCGAAGGAGAUCGAGUUUGGGGUCUCGUGGGAUAAGAUACUUCCCGAAAAGAACCAACGUCAAACCAACUUCUGCAUAAUCCCCCAGUAUGGCGACGGCAUCAAUCCUCCCCCCAAUGGGGACCCUGCGCCCGAGUCGAUCGUAUGGACGGUGGCCGACGGGCCUCCCAAAUCGGGCGCCUUUACGGGGAACGGGCAACCGAUCGCGACCGCCGACGGCGAGACGGCCGAGCAAUUGGUGCGGAAGACGCUGAACGAGAACCUCUCGCAGACGCAGGUGGUGCUGCCGGACGAGAGGGAGUUCGUGAGCGCGAUGCCCGAAGCGCAUCGCAAGGGCGAAAAAGCAUACCAUGUGAAGGCGUUCCGUGGGAGUAAAGAAGGUUACUUGUUCCUUCUUUCUACGGGUAUAUUAUUCGGGUUCAAGAAGCCGCUGCUCUUCUUCGCCUUCGAAACCAUCGACUCGAUCUCCUACACGUCGGUCCUCCAGCGAACAUUCAACCUGAACGUCAUGGCCCGACCGAUCGCCAGCGACGAGACGCAGGAAUUCGAAUUCUCCAUGAUCGACCAGGCCGACUUCAGCGGCAUCGACGCUUACAUCAAGAAACACGGUCUCCAAGACGCCAGUCUCGCCGAAGCCCGCCGCGCGAAGAAGUAUAACAUCAACGGAAAGACCGAGGAUGGGACCGCCGCCGCCGGGGAAGCAGUCGCCGGUGAGGAGGGAGAAGAAGAGAGCGAGUUACAGAAAGCGCAGCGUGAGCUCGAAGACCAGGAAGAUGAAGAUGAAGAGGACUACGAUCCCGGUAGCGACUCUGAUACCGACGGCAGUGGCUCCUCCAGUGAUGAUGAGGACGAGAGUGAGGGCCGGGCCGACGAAGAUGAUGAUGACGAUGACGACGGAGAUCGAGACCUCGUAGCCGAUGAGCUCGGGAGUCAGGCGGAAGAUAUUCCAGACGAUCAGCUGUGA